GUGGUGCAGCGCGGAGACCUGAGAGCGCGAGUGAAAGUUAUCGGUUUCAUUCCGAGACGAACCGAACCGAGCGGGUCCGGGGGAGCGGGCUGAGGGAGAGAACACUUCACCGCCACAGCCCGCCGGCUCACGCGCACUCUCGCCACAGCCCGCCGGCUCGCGCUCUCUCCAAAGGCGUCUCCCUCUCGCUUUUAACGCGGCCCCUCAACGAGCAUGAUGAUGAAGAGAAAGAGAUCAGACUCACCAGAACCCAGCUGCGUGUCCAUGAAGAGUGACCGGUCAAUGGGACACCCAGAAAACUUCAGAGACCGAGACAGUCCUGCUGAUCUGAGACCACAAAGCAGCAAUCAGUUGGAGACCAUAUUCAAGGAGCUGGAAGACAAAGCCAUCACUGUGAUAAAGAACGAGCUGAAGAAGUUUAAGAAGGUCUUGAGCCCAGAUUCCCCAGCAUGCUCUGAGAGGGAGGUGGAGAAUCAGAGCAAUGUCAGAGAGGGAGCGCUGAAGAUUGCAGUGCAACUCCUGAACAACAUGGACCACACAGACCUCGCUAACACACUGCAGAACAAGCUGUCCCCAGUCAUGGCCUGUCAGCAAAAACUAAAAACCCUCCUGAGAGACAAUUGUAAGAGAAUUAAUGAAGGAAUUUCCCAGCCAGGAAGCUCAACACCUCUGAGUGAGAUCUACACAGAGCUCUACAUCACAAAGGGUUGGAGUGGAGACGUCAAUAAAGAGCAUGAGGUGAGACAGCUUGAGACAGCGUCCAGGAGACCAGCAACACAGGAGACGCCCAUCAAAUGUAAUGAUCUCUUUAAAGACACGUCCAUCAGAAGUGUGCUGACCAAAGGAGUUGCUGGAAUUGGAAAAACGGUCUCUGUGCAGAAGUUCAUUCUGGACUGGACUGAAGGAAAAGCGAAUCAGGACGUCACCUUCAUGUUCCCACUUCCCUUUAGAGAGCUGAAUCUGAUGAAGGCGAGAAAUCUCAGUCUGAUGAAUCUUAUUCAUCACUUUUUCCCAGAAAUGAGAAAACUAGAAUUAAUAAACUUUAAUGGAUACAAAGUCCUGUUGAUCUUUGAUGGUCUGGAUGAGUGUCGACUUCCUCUAAAUUUCCAGAGCAAUGAGAGAUUGUGUGAUGUGACGGAGUCGGCCUCAGUGGAUGUGCUGCUGACAAACCUCAUCAAGGGGGAUCUGCUUCCCUCUGCUCUCCUCUGGAUAACCUCUCGACCAGGAGCAGCCAAUCAGAUCCCUCCUGCGUGUGUAGACCAGGUAACAGAGGUACGAGGGUUCAGUGAUCCUCAGAAAGAGGAGUACUUCGGGAAGAGGAUCAGUGAUCAGAACCUGGCCAAUAAAAUCAUCACACACAUGAAGUCUUCAAGAAGCCUCUACAUCAUGUGCCACAUCCCAGUCUUCUGCUGGAUCUUAGCCACUGUUCUCGAGAGAAUGUUGGAUAAAGCGGAGUGUGGAAAGAUCCCCAAGACUCUGACUGAAAUGUUCACACACUUCCUGAUCUUUCAGAUCAAACACAAGGAGCAAAAGUACCAUCAGAAAUGUGAGCCUGAUCCUCAGCAGACCAGAAAGAGUAUCCUGGCACUGGGAAAACUGGCUUUCCAACAGCUGGAGAAAGGAAACCUGAUCUUCUAUGAGGAAGACCUGAGAGAGUGUGGGAUUGAUGUGAGGGAAGUGUCAGUGUACUCAGGGGUGUGUACCCAAAUUUUCAGAGAGGAGUUUGAGCUUCACCUGGGGAGGGUCUUCAGCUUUGUACAUCUGAGCGUUCAGGAGUUUCUGGCUGCUUUAUACACGUUUCUCUGCUUCAUCAGCAGAAAUGUAACAGAACCACAAACCACUGAUCUGUCUGAUCUUUUCACCAAGUCAAACAUGUCUGAUUUCCUCAGGAGUGCAGUGGACAAGGCCCUACAGAGUGAGAAUGGACAUCUGGACCUGUUCGUCCGCUUCCUUCUGGGUCUCUCACUGGAGUCCAAUCAGACUCUCUUACGAGGCUUAAUGCUUCAGACAGAAAGCAGCUCUCACAGCAAACAGGAAACCAUCAAGUACAUCAAGAAGAAGAUCAGGGAGAAUCCAUCUCCAGAGAAAUCCAUCAAUCUGUUCCACUGUCUGAAUGAACUGAAUGAUCAUUCUCUCGUGCAGGAAGUGCAACAUUACCUGAACAGAGACUAUUACUGUAGUCUCAGUGGAACCAGUCUCUCUCCUGCUCAGUGGUCAGCUCUGGUGUUUAUGACCCUGAACUCAGAACAGGAGCUGGAGGAGUUUAAUUUGAGAAAAUAUGACCCAUCAGAUGAAUGUCUCCUGAGGCUGGUGCCUGUGGUCAAAGCCUCCAGAAAAGCGGAUCUGUAUGAGUGUAAUCUGACAAAGGAAAGUUGCAGAGCUUUGUCCACAGUUCUCAGCUCAAAGUCCUCCAGUCUGCGAGAACUGGACCUGAGUGGAAACAACCUGCAGGAUUCAGGAGUGAAGCUACUCUGUGCUGGACCUGAGAAUCCACGCUGUUCGUUGGAAAUACUGAAGCUACGUGACUGUAGUCUGACUGAGGAAAGCUGUAGAUUUCUGUCUUCAGUUCUCAGCUCAAACUCCUCCAGUCUGAGAGAACUGGACCUGAGUUACAAUCACCUGAAGAAUUCAGGAGUGAAGCUGCUCUCUGCUGGACUGGAGAAUCCACACUGUAAACUGGAGACACUGUGGCUGUGUGGAUGUACUCUGACAGAGGAAAGCUGUAGGUUUCUGUCUUCAGUUCUCAGCUCAAACUCCUCCAGACUGAGAGAACUGAAGCUGAGUGACAAUAAAGUGCAGGAUUCAGGAGUAAAGCUGCUCUCUGCUGGACUGGAGACUCCACGCUGUACCCUGGAGAUACUCCGGAUGUGUAAUUGCUGCAUUACAGAUGAAGGUUAUGUUGCUCUGGCUUCAGCUCUGAGGUCAAACUCCUCAUCAAACCUGAAAGAACUGAGUUUGCUUGUUAAUAAAACAGGAGACUCGGGGAUGAAGCAGCUCAAUGAUCUACUGACCGAUCCACACUGUAAACUGAAGACACUACAGUUUUAGUUACAUCACCUCACCAGGACUGACCCAGGAUGCGUUUCUGCUCAAUAUGGCAUCAUGCAGUGUUGUGACACUAAAACAUUUGAUUCUCCAUCAUCACAGUAAUAUUGAUUUAAUCCAUUUUUUCUCAAAAGUAAUUCAAAGCGCUGUUUGUUACUGGUUAAUCUAUUUUAUAAUAGUAAGUAUGUUAACAAUUCUGCCUGAUUUGUUGUCAUGUUGAUACGUGACCUUACCUCUGGUUCUGGUGGGCUCCUGCAUAAACUCCACAGAUAGGAUGUAACCUGCAGGCACAAGUCAACUGAGCGGGAUAUAUAUUUUUGAACAGGGGGUUUUGGAUGACGUUACCCAGAUCACCUGUCUGCAGUUUGGAUUUAAGGGUGUCUGGGGGGUCUCAAACAUUUGUUCCAUUGUGCAAAUGUCCUUGGAAAUAGUGAACAUUUGUCAAGUCAAGUCCCUUCCAUGCCAGGAUCUGGUCUUCCCAGGCAGUCUCCUGUUCCAGUCCUAACCAGCUCUUUGAGGCGUAUGGGUGGGGCGCCAAUCUCCAUUCCAAUAGCCUCUCACCUAUACGGCUAGGGUUACGGUGGGGGCCUAGUCCUCUGGUAACCGCGAGAGUUUGACUUCCCUACUCACAUUUGUAUUGCAGCUUGCCUUACCAGGUGGCAGCAGGUACCAUUUUUAUGAUGGUCUUCGAUAUGACCCAGCCGUGAGUAGAACUCGUGAUCUCCUGGUUGAGAGGCAAACACACUAACCAUUAGGCCAACUUGUGGUCAGUGGAUAUUUGUAACAAUCCUUAUUAGCUAAUAUCAGAUGAGUUGGCUGCAUUUUCCUUGUUGAUACUCCUUGUGUAGAUUGCUUACUUUGGUAUGAGUCUGUGUCCAGGGCAAUUAAUGUAUUCAUUGAUUUGUAGAUGAGUGUCAGCCUGUGAACUGCCCUCCUGUGCUUUAAUGGUUCCCACUUGAGAUAGUUGAGCAUUUGCGUUACACUAGCCUUUUUCUUACUGUUCUUCAAGACGAAUCUGGCUGAGCAUCGUUGAACUCCCUCCAGAUGCUUUCGAUAAGGAUCCCAUACCGAUGCACAAUAUUCAAGUCGGGGUCUUACUCAGGUUUCAUAUGCAACAGCUUUUAUAUCUGGGGCACAAGUCUGCAGAUUCCUGCAAAGCAGUCCAAGAAUUUGGUUUGCCCUUGAAGUCACUGUUUGAAUAUGGUUUGCCCAUCCUGAAAUCUAAGUUGGUUAGUUUCCAUCCAUUCAUUAUCCAUAACUGUUUAUCCUGUACAGGGUCGCAGGCGGGUUGGAGCCUAUCUCAGCUGACUACGGGCGAAAGGCGGGGUUCACCCUGGACAAGUCGCCAGGUCAUCACAGGGCUGACACAUAGACACAGACAACCAUUCACACUCACAUUCACACCUACGCUCAAUUUAGA